CUAAAAUUGAUGACUAGUUGAUGAGUGACCAAAUAACGAGGUCGUACAAGUAAAUCCUGUCAAAUGAAAGAGGUGAAAUCAUUGUACGCAAACAGAUCCAGUUAGAGUUAAUAUCUCAUUGCAAGGUUAUCUUAUCGUUUUAGGUUGCGACCUAUUAAAGCGUUAGUUAAGAGAGUUAAGUAUGUAUUACAGUGGUAAUUACUAUGUGGUUCAACAUACUAUUGCUAUUUGUGCUAUUUACUUUCGUCGCGUCGAGCGAUGACAACGACGAGCCCGUUUUAUAUUACUAUGGUCUUGAGGAGAGUGAGCGCAGCCUGCCACCUUGCAAUGACCGCCAGGCAUGUUCGGCGCUGAUACUGCGUUACUGGCGCGCACCCGCCCUGGUGAGGUUGUGUCGCUGUGCGCGACGCAUGCGCUGUGACACUCGCGCGCACAACGACACUAUUAUUGAACUCAACAAUCGGGCGUAUUUACAGUUUUGUAAACCUGUAACUGAUUGGCCGGAAUGUAACAUAAGGGAAAACGCCUUAAACGUAGUUACAACAUACCAACGUAUGAAUCCUGAUGAACUGGAGGAAAUGCAUCACGCGAAUAUGCAGCUCACACCACCAAACAUUACAUUUAGCUGUCGGUGUCGUAACCCUAGCUACUGGAAGCUAUCUUCUACAGAGGAUAAUAACCGUAAAUACCGUUGCGCGUCACUCCCACUAUGUAAAACUGGAGAGUUUUGCGGAAAUGUGAACUACGACCUAAAUGCGCUCUACCAGUCGUGUUUGUGCCCUAGACAUCACAUAUGUGUGCACAAUGGCGGUGUAACACACAUGCACAUCUCCGAGCUGCUGUACGAAGGGAGAGGAUGGAAAGCUUACUGCCAAAGAAUAGAAAGCGACGACAGUUACGAAGAUUAUUAACUUACUCGAGCGGGUUGUGCAGCGAUGUCUUUAACGAUCGUUUGGACUUGUUCAUUGAAGUUCUCGGGCCAUAGAGUACGGCUUACCAAUCCACCUUGCAACACUUCCGAUGCUGUCAAACGACGUCCGAAAACAAUCAAAUCGUUCAGCUGCAACAAGUAUUUAGUAGUUUUACAAUAAAUAAUC